AUGUCAACUAUCCUAAUCCUCAAACAGCAUCAUGCAUUUUUGCUCGUUGAAUCCUUUUCUAGCCAGACACACUUUCAUCAAAAACUAAUGGUUUUGCAGAAUAAAUACAAUGACGAGGAAAAGUUUCGGCCAGAAGUCGCCAAAAAAAAAUAUCUGUCAGUAAAAAAUCACGAUCAAAAGAUAUGCUAGACCUCAAACAGCUUUUAUACCAGCUAAAACCUGAACAAAUAAAAGCUUCCCUAUCAAGAUACUACUCAUGAAAGAACGAAUCGCUCGACAUCCAAGUCACUCAAAAAGCUUAUAAAUGUUUUGAGUCUAACGUUAUUAUUGACGACAAAAAAUCAGUCGCAGGCUUCGGAAGAAACGAAGAUGAAGCUACAUUAAAUGCAGCGAGAAUAGCAUUAGAAGGAGUAAUUGACUCAGUGACAGGCGAAGAUUUAAAAGCCCUCAAAAGAAUAUUAGAAGGCGAUGAUACAAAAAUUGAGGAACCCCAAAUCACGCAAAACGACUCAGAAUUAGUCCAGCUGCUGAGAGAGCUAAAUUUGGAAGAAAAAGCAGAUAUUUUUAAGAGAGAAAAAAUUGGAGUUAAAGAGCUAAGAAGAAUGAAUCGGAGAGAUUUACAUGAUAUAGGACUAUCAGAAAAAAGUGCUGAAAAUGUAUUUUGGCAUUUUCAUCCGCAAGCUGUAAGAGAAAGUAAUAGCGAAUUGUCAAAGUUAAAGGCUGAAAAUGAGGUAUUUUUUUACUUACUUCUAUUUAUUAUUAAUAAUAUAUGAAAUUAUUGAUUGAAGACAAUUAAUAGAUAAUAAAAAAUUUAAUCUAGAGGUUUAGACAGAAAUUGCGCAAACUUUUGAAUCUAGAUGCCCCACCUAGAUAUCUAAUCUGCCCAAUUAGCCACGAGCUUAUGGAAGACCCAGUGUUCACAGCAGAUGGGCAUACCUAUGAGAGGUCAGCAAUUGAUAAUUGGCUUCGACUUCACAACACUUCUCCAGUAACUGGUCUUGCCCUUGCAGGAAAAUCGUUAAGACCAAACUACGCCUUGCGGUUAGCAGUGCAACAAUAUAAAGAAAUAGUAGAAGCCAUCCAAGGGAAGCCCUACCCAAAACUCACCUCAGACCCUUGUCGAGACCUCUAUAGGACAGCUUACGGCCAUCAGUUCAACGAUCCUUUUGAGUCUCCAUCUCAAGACGAUUUACGUAUGAUGACUUUAAAAGCCGUCAAUACCGUAAAUGGAGAAUUUCACCUCAGGCUGAGCCCAGCCAAAAACAUUUGUGACUAA